UGCUGUCAAAUGCCAAUAAAUGCUGAAAUUUAAGGUUAACUCAUUUCAUUAAAUUAUUUCAUCACGCAAAGAAAUAAACCGUCAUACUUUUGGCGAAAGUUUUGACAAAUUCAAAUCAAAAAUGUUCAAGAAUCUUGUAACGUUGGUAACUGGUGGAGCGUCUGGUCUGGGCCGCGCUACAGUCAAUCGAUUCGCAAAUAAAGGUGCACAAGUGAUAAGUUGCGAUUUGCCAACAUCAAAAGGUGAAGAGGUAGCUAAAGAAAUUGGUGAAAAUGUACAGUUCAUUCCGGCUGAUGUAACAUCGGAGAAAGAUAUUCUAAAUCUCGUAGAUGAAAUUUCAAAAAAAUAUGGCAAACUUGAUGUACUGGUUAAUUGUGCUGGAAUAUUCAGUACGGAAACUAUCUACGAACACAGUUCGGCACGUUCGGCAGAUUUAAAUAACUUCAAAGACGUCUUAAUGACAAACGUGCUGGGGACAAUCAAUGUGAUUCGAUUAACUGCAAAGUUAUUUGUUAAAAAUCGGCCAGAUGAUGAUGGUAUUCGUGGUGUCAUCGUCAAUACUUCAGGUGGGGAUGCAUUCAAUGGAUCAUUUGGCAACGUGACAAACUCAGCCGCAUGUGGAGCCAUUCACAGUAUGACAAAACCAUUAGCAAUCGAUCUUGGUACCGACGGUAUUCGUGUUGUCACAAUCGCACCGUCUUUCAUAGAAACUCCAAUGAUCGAAAAUUAUUCAGAACUUCUGAAAGAGUCAAUUUGCACUGAUAGUUUAACUAACCCACGCCGGUUCGGUGAUGCAGAUGAAUUUGCUUACCUCGUACAGGCGAUUAUACUAAAUCCAUAUAUUAAUAGCACCACCAUUGAAUUAUCGGCAGGACUACGAUUAUAAACAGCAAAAAUAAUCGAAAAACUUACCAGUUUGCUAGUUAUUACACAAGAUGUAACACAUAAAAUGUUUAAGUGAAAUAAAUAAAAAUAUGACUAGUAAAAGAACCGUAAUUUAUCAGAUCGACGCCGUGCACAA